AUGGCCGAUCAACUUUUUCAUGAAGCUUUCAAAUUCAUGGGCAAUGACUCGACUGAGUUCCCAUUCGGCACCGCAAAAAGAAGGUAUGCCCCUUUGGACAUCUCCUCCUACAAGAUAUCUACAAGAUACCCCGAGAAGGGGAAGUUUGACUCUAUCAGCUUGUAUUGCAAUGCCCAGUUGAUUGUCUUGUUCUCUCAGUUUACCUAUAGAGGUGAAAAUGCCUAUAGUGAGAUCAAAUUCAUUCCGACUCACUGCAAAUUGAUUGACGUACUCAGCGACCCAAACGAAAGCAGCACUGAUAAAGCGCCACUGCCUUACGUUUUGGGGCACUGUGGCGCAGAAAUCCUUGAAGCAGAGUGCAUUGACUGUACCAUUUCUGGAAUGAAUCACUUCUUGAAAGCUUGGAUUGUCAAUCCACAAAACGUCAUAAAAAGAAGGCAUUUGAAAACAACAGCAACCCCUUCAACUCUGCAAGCAGCAAUCAUUGUUGCAAAGCCUUUGAGAGACUAUGGGGGUGAAUCUCACAACCCCGAGAAAGUAGCAAUAAAAUUUCAAGCUCUUAUGAAUCGUCUUGACGUGUAUUGCAACAACACAGGCGGCAGGGCUUUCAAUUUAAAAUCUAUUCCCCUGAAGAUUCUCAAAGAUACGUCCACUGCCAUGAUGAAAGUCUGA